UACAAUUUGUCAGCUGUCAUCCAUCUUUGAGGUUAUAAUAACGGUGCUUUCACCUAUUUUCUCCAUAAAAUGGAUUUGAAAGACCCAUGAGACCAUUAGUACCGUUGUGACAGACCCACCAGACUCGCCACGUAUAAAAUGGCAAUUUUCGGCGCCCCAAAUUACGUUUUGUGCAUUUUUUUGGUGUUUUUUUGUGUCGUGAGGAGCGACAAAAAAUGUAAUAAAGCAUUAAACGAUUAUGAGACUUAUUUAGGCACUAAAACACCGUACAGAAUCGUGGCUAAUUACACCACUAAUGAAAUAAAAUAUGACGACUGCAAGGCGACUAAAUUGUGGGCUAUGGUGCGCCACGGGACCCGGAACCCCAAUGCGAAGCUAAUUGACCGGAUGAACACGCGACUUGUGGAAAUUCGUGACGGGAUUCUUGAGAAUUUCCCGGAGGGAAACGGCGAGAUUCAAAAUUUCGAUUUGGACUUGUUUCGGGGGUGGAGCCCUAAAUUGGAGGCCAAAGACGAGAAAAAACUCACACAUGAGGGUGAAGACGAGAUGGUUUUUCUAGCCGAGAGGUUGCAAAGUCGUUUUCCGGGGAUUUUCACGAGUGUUUACAGCGAUUCAGCCUUUAAGUUUAAGUUUACUGCCACCCAAAGGACGAAAAAAAGUGCACAGGCGUUCGCUGCAGGACUUUUCGGGCGAAAUGUUGUUAAAGAUAUCAAUUUUCCUGAGCCUUUGAAGAAAGAUCCUGUUUUGAGGUUUUAUAAAUUGUGUAACAAGUGGAGGAAGGAAGUCAGUAAAAAUCCGAAAGCUUUGAAUGAAAGAAUCAAAUUUGAAAAUGGCGCCACUAUGACUAAAACAAUAGAUGGCGUUAACAAGCGACUGGGAUUUGAUAAUGAACUAGAUUUUAGUGAUGUUCAUGCAAUGUAUAUGACUUGUGCGUUUGAAACGGCUUGGAAUAAGAGGAAGAGGUCACCCUGGUGUUCGGUUUUUAGCACCGAUGAUUUUAAAGUAAUGGAAUAUGCCGAAGAUUUGAAAUACUAUUGGAUAGAUGGCUAUGGACACGAAUUGACGUAUAAACAAGCAUGUCCUGCUUUGACCAACAUGAUUGAAUUUUUCCAAACGAACGAGAGUUUUCCGAAAUCAACAGUUUAUUUCACUCACUCUGGGACUUUAUUAAAAAUGUUGGCCCAUUUAGAGUUGUACAAAGAGAAAAAUCAUUUAUUGGCCGAUGAUUUUGAUAAAAAUUCUGACCGAAAUUGGAAAGUGAGCCAAAUUGACUCAUUUGGCACCAAUUUAAUUUUUAUUUUAUUUGAUUGUAAAGGCCAAAAAAAGGUUUUGACAAUGCACCAGGAGGACAUUGUCCAUUUACAAAGUUGUCCAAACAGUGACUUAUGCGACUUUGACACUUUUAUAAAUUAUUACAACAAGAAUUUGGAGUGUCCUUUUGACACAAUGUGCGAGAACGAAUUGUAAAUUUUUGUAAUUUAAUAAAUUUUUAAAUUAA